AUGGGGAAUACCGGUAGUACUAACAAGAUCUCUUCUCAAGAUAGAGCAAUUUUAAACCUCAAGAUCCAACGCGACAAACUCCACGAAUACCAGAAACGCAUCAUAGUCCUAACCGACCGUGAAACAGCAAUCGCCAAAGAAUGCCUAUCACGAAAUGACAAGAAACGUGCGCUAUUAGCACUUAGACGGAAAAAAUACCAGGAAACCUUACUAACGAAGACGGACGCUCAGUUGGCACAAUUGGAGCAACUAACAUCUCAAGUCGAGUUUGCGUUGGUCCAGAAGGAUGUUUUGUUCGGAUUGCAGCAGGGUACAGAGGUGCUACAGGCCAUAAAUAAAGAAAUGGGCGGAUUGGCUGCUGUUGAGAAAUUGAUGGGUGAGACGGAGGAGGCUAGGGCAUAUCAGGAGGAAAUCAGCCAAAUGCUCGCCGGACAAAUGUCUAACCAAGACGAAGACGAGGUCGAAGACGAACUCGAAGCUCUACAAAGGGAGGUCGAAGGGACCGUUGAAAUGCCUAAUGUACCUACAGCUGCUCUUCCUGAGCUGACUGAAGAGGAGAAGGAGAGAAAAGAACAAGAGGCAAGAGCAAGAGCUAAGGCAAGGGCGCAAGAGCGAGCCGCUAUGUUGGCUGCUUAG